AUCCCAAUAUUCAUACCAAUUCAAUUCUUCAACUACAAAAUAUCACAUACUUAUAAACAAGAAAAACCAACAACAUAUAAUAAACUCUUUCUUGAUUUCUUAAGGUUGUUUGAUACAAUGAUGUCUACAUGGAGGAAGAGAAGGGCGGCCUACCGUGCCAGGAAGGAGCGGCUAGAGGUUGAAAAUGGCGAUAUGGAGCUAGCCAUACCCAAUCAUUUUCGCUGCCCAAUAUCGUUGGAUUUGAUGAAAGAUCCGGUGACUCUAUCAACUGGGAUUACUUAUGAUCGCCAGAGUAUUGAGAAGUGGAUCGAGGGUGGGAAUGUUACCUGUCCUAUUACAGCUCAGGUUUUGAGGAGUCUUGAUCCUAUACCGAAUCAUACCAUACGUAAAAUGAUUCAAGAUUGGUGUGUGGACAAUAAGUCUUUUGGGAUUGAAAGGAUUCCUACACCUAGAAUCCCUGUAAGUUCUGUGGAGGCUUUGGAGAUUCAGUCAAGGAUUACAGCUUCUUGUAAUCAAGGUGAUCGAGUUGGGUGCAGAAAUUUGGUGGCGAAGAUCAAGACGUUGUUGAAGGAAAGUGAAAGAAACAAGAGAUGCAUUUUGAGUAAUGGUACAGCUAGUGUAUUAUCAGCUGCUUUUGAAGUCUUUUCAAGAGCAUCAUCUUUCAGCGAAAACGCUGCGGUAUUGGAGGAAAUUUUGUCAUGUUUGACAUUAAUGUUUCCUCUUGAUGUUGAGGCUAAGGGCUACCUUGGAUCGUCUGCAUCUAUGAAUUGCUUAGUGUGGUUCCUGAAGGGCGGAGUUUUGUCUGGAAGAAGAAACGCAGUUUUGGUGCUUAAAGAACUUGUUUCGUUGGACCAAAGGAAAGUGGAGGCUUUAUCAGGUAUUGAAGGAGGUGCAGAAGCAUUGUUUAAGCUGAUUAAGGAACCCAUUUGCCCUACUGCUACAAAAGCUUCAUUGGUGAUCAUUUACAACAUGGCCAUGUCAACUCCUACAAAUGCCAGAGUCAUUUCAAGUUUUGUAGAUAUGGGUAUAGUCUCACUUCUGAUGGAAAUGCUUGUAGAUACCGAAAAGAGCAUUUGCGAAAAGGCGCUAGGCGUUCUCGAUGGAAUCUGUUGCAGUGAUCAGGGGAGAGAGAAAGCUUAUGAUCAUUCUCUAACAAUCCCAGUUCUUGUCAAAAAGAUACACAGAGUUUCAGAAUUGGCAACAGAAUUUUCUGUCUCCAUACUGUGGAAGCUUUGCAAGAAUGAGAAGAGGAAGGAGGGAAAUGUUCUUCCUGAAGCGCUUCAAGUGGGUGCUUUUCAGAAGCUAUUGCUGCUGCUGCAAGUUGGUUGUGGUGAGAGAACAAAGGAGAAAGCAACUGAACUGUUGAAGCUGCUGAAUCCUUAUAGAGAGAGACUGGAGUGUAUUGAUUCUUCAGAUUUGAAGGACCUCAAAAGGCCAUUUUGAUUUAUCUGAAAGGGGACUUUCCACUUUGAAGAAAGUUUUCUACAGAGAAAAGAGUUAAUUAAUUUCACAUAUGAUUUACAGUUCCAUGUACAAAAUAAGAAAUACAUGAUUAUACAAUUGGAGAAAAUUUCUUUAACAAAUCCUCUUGCAUAUGAUCAUAUCUUAUCUAGCCAUGUUUGGAAGUGUUUAUGUUGGAUUUGAAUAAGUCAGACGUUUUGCGAGUAGUGUCGUGUUGUGAUGAUGAGUCAUCAAAGCUUAAUUGCAAUGUCCUUAUGCUUUUGAUUAAUAAAUUAUCAUUCUUAGAA